AUCCUAACGACUCGAGAUGCCUGCACAGUGUUGACAUAUAAUAAUAUUAAUACCAUCCUCAUUUUUAAGAAACAUCAGUAUUUCCCAGUGUCUCAAACCGAGAAGGCAGUAGCAUCAUUGCCACUGGGAGGAUUUACAGCCGUUUCCUUUUUCUUUAUCUUAUCUUAUCGAGAUCUUUUUUCGUAUUACGAGAUCUUUUCUCGUAAUUACGAGAUAAGGUUGUUAUGCAGGGUUACAGGAAUGAGAUGAUGUCACCACCCAUCAGCAAAGACAGGGUCAUCUGGGAAUUCCCAAAGUGCUACACACCUGGGGCCUCUCUGCAGCUGAAGAAAGACUGGGACAUUGACGCCAAAGCCGCCUGUAAAGACAGAGCUGCCUGGCAUCAGCCGUGGGACAGACAGAAAAUGUCAAAGGUGGUGGUUGUUGGAGACCUAAAUGUGGGGAAGACCUGCCUUAUUAAUAGGUUUUGUAAAGAUGUAUUUGAAAGAGACUACAAGGCCACCAUAGGUGUGGACUUUGAGAUUGAGAGGUUUGAAAUAUCCGGAGUACCUUUCUCCCUUCAGAUCUGGGAUACUGCUGGGCAGGAAAAAUUCAAGUGCAUUGCUUCUGCAUACUAUAGAUGUGCUCAAGUCAUUGUCACCGUCUUUGACAUGGCAGACAUUAAGUCCCUAGAUCAUACACGCCAAUGGUUGGAGGAGGCAAUGAGAGAAAAUGAGCCUGACUCCUGUUUCAUCUUCUUGGUUGGCACAAAGAAUGACCUGCUGCCGUUAGAAGAAAGACAGAGGACUGAAAAAGAUGCCAUCAGGAUAGCAACAGAAAUACAUGCAGAGUUUUGGGCUGUUUCAGCUAAAACAGGCGAGAAUGUGCAGGGGUUUUUCUUCAGGGUGGCAGCUUUGGCGUUCGAGAAGUGCAUCCUGAAGGACAUGGAGAAUGUGGUCCCCGUUGGCAUCGGACAUAAAGAUAUUAUCAAAUCAGAUUGUGCCAUCCUGGAAGAGGCCACACCCGGAGACAUGAAGAGAGGCUGCUGCUGAUGCAAAGACGAAUUCUCAAAAUAAACUGCUAAGGAAGGUGGAACCUGACAGGCUCUGUGCUGAGCUUAACCUGUGGAAAUGGAAGCGACUGACAAACUCCAUUAGGUCUCUCAAGUGUUCAAAACUGCCAUGUAAUCUGACGUUUGCAGAAUGUUCAACUGGUGUGAUUGUUUUGCUGAUACAAAAUCUUCUGUAUUUUUCAAUUUUUAUGGGCUUAAAAGUCCCAAAAAUAUAGUGUUGACACUGAUUUGCCCAGAAGAUAUAUAUUUCUCAAUGGACACCAUUUAGAUCAUGGGAAACACAAGAUAACAUACUAUAAUAUGACAAUAAGAAAUCUUAUUGGUGUGUUGGAUUACAAUCAGUUCAGUCUACUUCUCAUGUAGUGUUAAUCAAUUCUGAAAUACUGGCAAAAUAUAAACUUCUUUAUUCCCAUAAUUUCAGAGAUAAACAUGUAGACUAAACUAAUUUGAGACAGGGACUGUCCCUGGCAGGACCUUAGUACAGGGAGAUUUUCUUCACGUCUGUUUUACUGUUUAUUUCUUCCAACUAGUGUUGUCAAUGAUAUUGAAAUUUUGAUAAUGAACAAUUUAAACUGUUUCAAUACUCAUUUUCCACUGUAAUGAUACUCUUACCAGCUGUAAUUUCUCACUCUCCCUUCUGAACAUCAGCAAGUCCACGCGCACAGGAACACACACACCUCUUCACACCUAAUUAGCUUGAAUGCUGUUGUGCUUAUCACACAGUACACAAAGCCCUGCUAUAUGUAUCUUUUAAUAAGAAUAAAACAUUUUAUGCCCUUGUUUACAUUUUUCUCUUGGUAUCAAACAUGGCAUCAAAUAUCUAUAUAUUUUAUCCAGGUAUAGAAGUUUGAAAUUUCAAUAUCAUAAACAACACUACUACAUACAGUAUUGUUGGAAUUUGUGUUACCCAUUAUUGUGAGUUGUAUACAGAUAAAAGGUUUAUGAAAGUUUGUAUACUGAAAUCUGAGGGCAAAGAAACAAAAUAUUAAUGUUUAAUUUCAAUAAAUAAACUUAUAUGACUAUAAUUUA